AUGGCGCCCAUUGCACUGCAGAUCCAGUCCCGUUCAGGGAAGACGAUCGUCGAGGGCGGUGUGACCAUCGAUGCUGAUGCCACGGUGGACGAGCUCAAGAAAGCGCUGCACGCCAAAAAGAAGAAAUGGCACCCAUCGAGGCAGCGGCUGACGUUGCCAGCGAAACCGGGACAGAAAACAGGGGAUGCGCUCAUGCUGGGUGUCAGGCUUGCUGAGUAUGGCCUGGAGGACGGUUCUACCGUGGUGCUCAAGGAUCUGGGGCCCCAGAUUGCGUAUAUCGCCGUCUUCUUUUGGGAGUACUUCGGUCCGCUGGCAGUUUAUCCGCUCUUCUACUUCUUUCCAAAGUUACUCUAUCCCUUCCACAGAGAACCAGUGGUGCACAGCAUUGUACAGACCAUGGCACUGGCAUUCUGGACUGCACACUAUGCAAAGCGCAUCCUGGAGACAUUCUUUGUCCACAGGUUCAGCAAGGGGACUAUGCCGCUGUUCAACCUGUUCAAGAACUGCAGCUACUAUUGGGGAUUCGCUGCCAUGGUAUCCUACUUCGUUAACCACCCGCUGUACACCCCGCCAGAUGUUACAGCAGCUUCGCUACUUUUGGGUGGUGCAGUGGUCUGUCAGGUGUCCAACCUGUACUGCCACAUACUCCAGAAGAACUUGAGAAAGCCCGGCGAAAAAGGCUACAAGGUUCCCCAUGGCUUUUUGUUUGAAUACAUCACCUGCGCCAAUUACACAUGCGAAACACUGGCCUGGGUACUAUUCGGAUUCGCAACAAAGACAGUGGCAGCUUUUCUGUUUGCCACCGUUGGAGGUCUGCAGAUGGCACAGUGGGCGGGCGACAAGCACAGGAGGCUUGUGAAGAUGUUUGAUGGGAAAGAGAGUCGUCCAUUGUAUCCCAAGCGGUGGAGGAUGAUUCCGUUCCUCUAUUAG